AUGGAAUUGGAACAAAUCCACAUUUCGAAGCCUGACGAUGACGACGACGAAGAAAUCGAGCCAUCAUCAUCAUCAUCAUCAGAAACAGAGGAAAAUGGAGGACUGAUCACACCUCUGUCUUGCGCGUUCACGAGACAAGAACAAUGCGUUUCCGAAUCCAAAGAACGUGAAGAAUCGAUCAGCAGAUUAAGCAGCCUCAUCUUUCUUUACCUGAUCGUCAUGACCGUGCAGAUCGUCGGAGGUUUCAAGGCCAACAGCCUCGCGGUCAUGACAGACGCCGCGCAUUUGCUUACAGACGUGGCGGGUCUCUGCGUCUCUCUGCUCGCGAUCAAGGUCUCGAUCUGGGAAGCGAGCCCGAGAAGCUCUUUCGGGUUUAAACGGCUUGAAGUUUUAGCAGCUUUCUUGUCUGUCCAGCUCAUCUGGCUCGUCUCUGGAGUUAUCAUCUACGAAGCCAUUCAAAGACUUCUCACCAGAAGCAGAGAUGUUAAUGGUGAAAUCAUGUUUGGGAUCUCUGCUUUCGGAUUUUUCAUGAACUUGGUCAUGGUCAUUUGGUUAGGACAUAACCAUCACCACCACCCUCACCAUCAUCAUCAUCAUCAUCAUCAUCAUAACCAUUGUCACAAAGAGGAAGAGAAAGAGGAGGAGAUGGAUCCUUUAAAAGGUGGUUUCGAGGAGAAACCGUCAUCGAAAGAGAUGAACAUUAACAUACAAGGAGCUUAUCUACAUGCAAUGGCGGAUAUGAUUCAGUCACUUGGUGUUAUGAUAGGUGGAGGAAUCAUUUGGGCGAAACCAAACUGGGUUUUGGUUGAUUUGUUAUGCACUCUUGUCUUCUCUGCUUUUGCUCUUGCCGCUACUCUACCAAUGCUCAAGAACAUAUUUGGGAUACUCAUGGAGCGCGCACCGCGCGAUGUCGACAUAGAGAAGCUCGAGAGAGGUCUCAGGCGUAUCGACGGUGUUAAGGUUGUGCAUGAUCUUCAUGUUUGGGAGAUCACAGUUGGGAGGGUUGUUUUGUCUUGCCAUGUCUUGUCUGAAACCGGAGCUAGCUCUAAAGAGAUUAUCUCUGAUGUUAGAAAUUUCUGUAGGAAAAGUUUUGGGAUUUAUCAUGUAACUGUCCAGGUUGAAUCAGAGUAG